AAAAGGUGCUUCCAUCAUUCAAUCAAGUUUAAAGUCAACCAAAGAGUAGUAAGGUUACCUAAGAUAACCGACACUGGAAUCCUUAAGACAUUCAUCACCCAGCAAGGUGUCAAAUCUCAGACUAAAGAGGAACAGUCACAAAUCACCUCUCAAGUGACUGGACAAAUUGGUUGGCGAAGGGAAGGAAUCAAAUAUAGACGGAAUGAGCUUUUCCUUGAUGUUCUUGAAUAUGUCAACCUGUUGAUGUCCCCGCAGGGACAAGUGUUAAGUGCUCAUGUGGCUGGAAAAGUGGUCAUGAAGGCUUUUCUAUCGGGAAUGCCCGAGUGUAAAUUUGGAAUCAAUGACAAACUAAUUCUAGAGAGCAAAGGAAAGACAAGCUCAGCUCUGGAUGAUCCAACUACUCGAGGUGGAAACGUAGGCUAUCCAACAAAAUCUUCCAUCGCAAUAGACGAUUGUCAAUUCCACCAGUGUGUUAAACUGUCCAAAUUCGAGUCGGAACAUAGUAUUAGUUUUAUUCCCCCCGAUGGUGAAUUGAUUUGAUCAAAUCAAUCAUUUUAUCGAUGAAACUCCCACCAUUUUCUCUCUUUUUCUUCUCUUUUGCCUCCUCUCUUUUUCGAGUGUUAAUUGUUAUGGAAAACAAUUAUUUAUUAUUCCAAGGGUGGAUAAAUAAAUUUAUAUAAUUUAAGUUG